CUGACUGGUAGCGCACAAACUAUAAGAAGGCCAGUUUAAGACUAAUACUGCAUGGUUUGGUGAAAUUUUUCUUUGUAUUUUGCAGCUGAUGUGCUGAGGGUAGUGGAUGGUUGUUUUGGCUUUGGUUGCUAUGCGUGCUACAACAAUGUGGAUUUUAAGUUAUUCCUUAGCAGUACUUUUAGCCCUUGGUGCAUGUGAUGACGAUGAUGGUAUUGCAACUGUCUAUGCCUACAGCCCUGGUAGCAGUGGAGUCAAUCCUGUAUCUAAUGAUCCUGGUCAGUCCAAGCAGGAAGUGAAACCAAGUCUCUCUAAUUUUUAUGGCUUGACUGAUGUAUCUGGACCAGUCAGCAAGGAUACAGUUAAAUGGGGCUUUGACACUACCUAUAACUCUCAGGCUGGCUCUUCAGGCACUCCCAUGAUAAGUGAAAAACCAGGCUCCGAAUCGCAUACAAGCCAACAAGGAUUUCAAGUUGAUUCGGUUGGAAGUGGUAGUCUUGUUCCUGGCUCUGUGGGAAAUGCAGUGAGUAUGGGCAUGUCUGGAUAUGAUACAAGUCAGUCAACCACUGUCCAAGGCGCUGAAGUCAUCAGUUCUUCUGUCCUGAGCCCAUUGCAGCAAAGCAGUUCUGUUUCUAAGCCAGUGCAGGUAGUUUCCUCAAAUCCACUUCAAAUUAGCAGUACAUCUGUGGUUAAGCCCAGCAGCCAACAAUUAGUGCAGACCAUUUUCCAGUCCAGCAAUGAGCAACCGGCGAGUUCUGGAACCAUGGCCCAGUCUAACACUUUGCAGUUAUCCCUGCCCAGUGGCCAACAAAUAUCUCAGACUAGCUUCCAGUCUGCAGUGCCAUCGGGUAAAAGGCCCCGUAAGCCUCUGAAAGGCAAACCCCACCAUCAAACUGGUUCCAGGCCAGGUCACAAUGUGCCCAUCAGCUCGAAACCUUCCAAAGCCUCACAACCUAGCUUAUCGAUACUACAGUAUGGUAGUGUGCCAAGUAGCCAAGCAAUGGCUGGCUAUGAACUUGUGAGCCAGUCAGGCAGCCAGCAAUCAGCCCAGUCCAGUGGCCAAACUGUGAAUCAACCAGGAAUCAUACAAACUCCCAGUGUCAUUGACAUCUCUGUGGUCCAGCCCAGUAGCCAGCUGAUUCAACAGGCAGUUGAUGCCUCUGUGGCCCAGGUCUCCAGCCAGCAGCUUUUACAGGGCAGUCAAUCUGUUUCCCAGUCAAAUAAUGUAGAUGUGGUUGAUGGAAGUUAUGUUUUUGUGGCACAGCCCAAUGGAGUGACUCCUCUCAAGCAUCACAAAGGUAAACCUCACUCUGGGUCAAAGCCUUCCAGUAAUAGUCCUCUUCAGGCACUUACAUUUACUUCUGUAGAUCAGUCCAGUAGCCAAAUACCAGUACAAACCAUCUACCAAUCUGGGCCCCAAGCAGUUCUUCAACUGCCAGUACAAGCCAACUACCAAUCUUCACCUCCAUCCAAAUGGCAGACACUGGUACAGGGUAGUUACCAGUCAGAGGCUCAGCCUACUUCCCAGCAGCAAGGACAAGCCAAUUACCAGUUUGGGCCCUGGUCUGUUGUUCAACAACCAGCACGAAUGGUCUACCAGUCUGCUAGCCAGCCCACUGUGCCACACCUAGUAGAAGCCAUCUACCAGUCUGCUUCCCAACAACCAGCACAAGCUAGCUACCAGUUGGUGGAACGGCUAGGUGUCCAACAGCCAGCACAGGUCGGCUCAUCUUUAGGCCAUCUGCAACCAGGACCAUUUAACUAUGAGUAUGUUGUCAACCAGAAUGGGCAAACCCUUUUCAAGCCAGUGCAGUCCCAUAAGAUUCAUCAGACUGGCUCCAAACUGUAUUCAUGCCAAGAGCUACCAAAGCACGGUUACAAGCGGAGACAUCACUCUCCAUCUUCACACAGUAUUCCAAACCUUGCUCAGGUUAUCAAGCCUGUUAUUUUGCCUAGUGACCCGAUUCCUGUGGAUGUCAACUUCCCUAGCCCCCUCACAUCUACUUUCAGACCAGCAGAUCUGCCUAGACAUCCUAGCUUGCAGUCUGUAGUGCUUCAAAGUGAACAGCCAGGUGUGCUUGAGGUCCAACCCAGUGGUUUGUCUCUUGCCAAGCCUGGACCAGUGAGUUAUACUUUAGUAUCUCUGCCCACUGGUCAUCCUUCAAGGCCAUUGCAGCUGCCUAACUCCCAGCCUCCAACCAAGCUAUGGCAAUAUCUGUUUUUGCCCAUAGUAAAGCCAAACAAACUGGAGUAUUCCAUCUUUGAGGCGCAAGUUCUCCCUAGCCAUGUGUCUUCUGUUCCUGUACAGUUUGUUUCCCAGCCUCAAAUGCUCCCCGCUAGUCUGUCUAUCACUCAAUCCAGCUCUUCCCCGGCUGUGCCAGUGCAGUCCAGCAAUCAACCUCAAGUAGUGUCAAGUUCUGAGACUGUAUUCCAGCCUGUAUUGCAGACCUCUUCAGCGGUGGUGCCAUCAAUUUCCCAAACCUGGAGUAUCCCAGUAGUGUCAAACUUUGAGUCUGUGUUACAGUCAGUGAAACCUGAACUUCCAAUUCCAGUCCAGUUGAAUUAUCAGACUGUCACAGAUCAAAAUGCUCCUGGACCUGCUGGAAGCAAUAGGCAUUCAUCAUGGAAGUUGCUUAAGCUGUUGCAACAAGUGAAGUCCUAGGUGUUUGUUUGCUGUUUCCUGAUGUAUGCUUGCUUUGUUGUUAAUAAAUUAUUGUGGACUUA